CAAACCAGAAUUUUUCCUUCCUUUUAUUUAGACUUAUUAUAGUCAUUGACAGCAUGAGCAACGAACCUUUGAAAGAAGUUACUGAAAACGAGAUCGAGUCCAACUGGGAUGAUGUUGUUGACAACUUCGACAACAUGGGCCUCAACAACGAGCUUCUUCGUGGUAUUUAUGCUUAUGGUUUCGAGCGCCCCUCGACCAUUCAGCAGCGUGCUAUCAUGCCUGUCAUCAAGGGUCAUGAUGUGAUUGCUCAGGCCCAAUCUGGUACCGGUAAAACCGCCACCUUCUCCAUCUCCAUUCUUCAAUCUAUCAACGUUGAAUUGAAGGCUACCCAGGCUUUGAUUCUCGCUCCCACCCGUGAGUUGGCUCUCCAGAUCCAGAAGGUCGUCCUUGCCCUUGGUGAUUUCAUGGGCAUCGAGUGCCACGCCUGUAUUGGUGGUACCAACGUCCGCGAGGAUAUGGCCAAGCUCCAGGAAGGUUGCCACAUCGUUGUCGGUACCCCCGGUCGUGUCUUUGAUAUGAUCAACAACCGUCGUGCUUUCAAGACCGACAGCGUCAAGAUGUUCGUUCUUGAUGAAGCUGAUGAAAUGUUGUCCCGUGGUUUCAAGGAUCAAAUCUACGACGUCUUCCAGCUCUUGCCUGGUGACGCCCAGGUUGUCUUGCUUUCCGCUACCAUGCCUGCUGAUGUCAUGGAAGUCACCACCAAGUUCAUGCGUGAUCCCAUCCGUAUUUUGGUCAAGCGUGAUGAAUUGACCCUCGAAGGUAUCAAGCAGUUCUACAUUGCCGUCGAAAAGGAGGAAUGGAAGCUCGAUACUCUCUGUGAUUUGUACGAGACUGUCACUAUUACCCAGGCCGUUAUCUUCUGUAACACUCGCAGAAAGGUCGACUGGCUCACCGAUAAGCUUCACGCCCGUGAAUUCACUGUUUCCGCCAUGCACGGUGAUAUGGACCAGGCUCAGCGUGAUGUCAUCAUGAAGGAAUUCCGUUCCGGUUCCUCGCGUGUCUUGAUCACCACCGAUUUGUUGGCUCGUGGUAUUGAUGUCCAGCAAGUUUCUUUGGUCAUCAACUACGAUCUUCCCUCCAACCGCGAAAACUACAUUCACAGAAUUGGUCGUGGUGGUCGUUUCGGUCGUAAGGGUGUUGCUAUCAACUUCGUUGCCAACGACGAUGUUCGCAUGAUGAGAGACAUUGAACAGUUCUACAACACUCAAAUUGAAGAAAUGCCCAUGAACGUCGCUGAUCUUAUCUAGAUUGUAUAGUCAUCCUACAUUUUUCUGCAGUUUAAUGUAAAAAUAAAAAAAGCAGUAAAAGUCUCGU